AUGGGCCGAAUGAACUUCGUACAUUUUUUCCUGGCUUUUGUUCUGUUUAACACUCGGGGGAUCACCGCUUACGGCUUCAGAAACUGCAUCCAAACCAUGAAGUAUCCUCUGUAUUUCAGGUGCAUGCAGCGUUUCCUGAACAAUAUCUCCAGUAUUUUAGAUGACCUCCCUAAUUACGCCGAAGUGGUCAACGCAUCCCAUAACUCCAUUAAAGUCUUGCCUUAUGGGAGCUUCCGUCACCUUUCUAAAUUGAAGGUCCUACAGUUGAGUUAUAACAAAAUGGAGAAAAUAGAAGGUGGGGCCUUUGAGAACCUGACGGCCUUGGAAAGGCUAAAUCUCUCCUAUAAUUAUCUCACAAAUCUUUCCCAAGGCACUUUCUUUGGCUUGGCUAACCUCACCUUCCUUCUCUUGCACAAUAAUCACUUGCGCGUGCUUCAUCGGGAUGCUUUUAGUCUGUUACCAAGCCUUCUGGAUUUGCAGCUGCAGUUCAACAGUUUGAGCAGCUUUAACCUCGUGAUUCAGAGCAUACAGAAGUUAAACCAGCUGAAAUACCUCAACCUCUGCAACAAUAAUCUGACUUUUCUCCAGCCGGAACUGGGAUUUCCUCCUUCCUUGUAUAACCUUAAGCUCUGCAACAAUUCUCUUCGUAAGAUGGAUGGGCCAGGGCCAGGAUUCUUGGGGAACGUCAAGGUGCUGGACCUAUCUUACAACAAGUUCUCGGAGACCUCUUCCUUUGCUAACGUUAGCCUCCGGGGACUCCAAAGAUUGAAGUUGGCGGGGAACAAUAUCGACGUCCUACAAUUCUUGGAUAUUUCUAAACUGAAGCCUCGCAGCCUCGAUUACUCUGGAUUGCGUUUAAAUAAAGUUUCACAGCUGACCAAGGUGUGCCAGCAUCUUGGGAAAUCCAGCCGUCCCUUCAGCCUACGUCUGCAGAGCAACAACCUGAGGAAUUUGAGUAGCCAAGCGUUUCUAGCUUGUCCUCCCAUCUGGCUUCUAGAUCUUUCCAGGAAUCGCCUCAGGUCAGUGGACUGCGUGAGGCAAAUGUUGAACGCCACAGCACAAAGCCAUUUGAGCACAUUGUUGGUAGAGCACAAUCUGUUGAAACAGCUCAGAAGUUGCUUUAGCACAGCUCCCUUCGAAGCGCUGACGACCAUCUCUUUCCGUUUUAAUCGCAUCCUCUCGAUCAGCAGUUCGGCUUUCCACUACGCCCCUAAUUUGAUCAGCCUCCAUUUGAAUAUCAACAGUAUUGCUUUCCUGCAUGCCAGAGCCUUGAAGGGUUUGAAACAACUCAGAGAGCUGCGUUUGGAUAACAAUCUUCUGACUGAUAUCUACAACAACAGCUUCAGUGACCUCAGCAACCUCCAAAUACUCAAUCUCAGGAACAACCACGUUUCGGUUCUCUUCCCUGGCACCUUCAAGAAUCUUGGGAAGCUCCACAUUUUAGACCUGGGGGGAAACAACAUUCACAGGCUGUCCAACGUGUCAUUCGAAGGGCUGAGGAAUCUUUCCAAUCUCUACCUGGAUAACAACAACAUUCAGUACAUCAGCCCUAGUUUUUUCCGUCCGAUCGAGAGGACUCUCCAAGUGCUCGAUCUGAUGGGGAAUAAGAUAUACUUUAUCAGCAAGAAUCAACUCAAGCAGCCUCCCUUCUCCAACCUGCAGAAGGUCUACGAUCUCAAACUUCAACUGCAGCGGCCCCACGGUUUGAAAGUCAUUCCCUCGGGCUUCCUCAAGGGCCUGACCUCUUUGCGCAACCUCUACCUGUCGGAGAACAAAAUCCUGUCCAUCGCACCCGACGUCUUUGAUGACUUAAGGCAGCUGGAAUACCUAACCUUGGCCGAUACCAGUAAUGGCAGGGGGGACCUCCCCCCCGGUAUCUUCAAGAAUCUUAAGAAACUGACAACUCUCGAUCUGGAGAACGCCGGCCUUCGCACCAUGACCCUAGAGGUCUUUGGCAACCUUAGCAACCUGCGCUACCUUUUGUUAGGCAAGAACGAGCUAAAGACGUUCAACAGCAGCGUGGCGAAAGCGCUUCCGUCGCUGAGCUACCUUGACCUACGCAAGUGCCCUUUGGUUUGUACCUGUGACAAUGUGUGGUUCCAGAACUGGCUAAGCAAUAGUUUGGUGCAGGUGGUCUAUCUCUACAAUUAUUCCUGCAAUUCUGGCCAACAGCCUAGUUAUGUUUAUAGUUUUGACACCCAUGUUUGUUUCCAAGAUAUAGGGCUGUACCUAUUCUCUGCCACCUUCCCGUUUUUGCUGCUCUUCAUGAUGCUGCCUUUCCUUUACCAUCGCAGCUACUCGCGCCUAAAAUACCACAUCUACGUCUUGCGCGCUUGGGUCAAUGAUUACUGGAGGCGGGGCAAAGACGAGCAUUACAAAUUUGACGCCUUUGUCUCCUACAACUCGGCGGAUGAGAGCUGGGUGCUAGAACAAUUGGUACCCAGUCUAGAGAAAGCAGGAGCCCCGACUUUCCGGCUUUGUCUCCAUCACCGAGACUUUCAGCCCGGGAGAUACGUAAUAGACAAUAUAGUCGACAGCAUCCACAACAGCCGGCAUACUAUUUGUAUAAUCAGCAGGAGGUAUCUGCAGAGCGAAUGGUGCUCCAUGGAGAUUCAGCUCGCCAGUUAUCGUCUUUUUGACGAACUGAAAGACGUGCUUAUUCCUGUUAUCCUAGAAGCCAUCCCCGAGAGAGAACUUUCCGUCUACCAUCGGAUGCGGAAAGUGAUGCUGAAGAAGACAUACAUUGCAUGGUCCCCAGACCCCGAGGCUCAGAGGCUGUUCUGGGCUAAGUUGAGGACGGCUCUGAAGGCCGGCAAUUCUGAGGACAAAGAGGAGAACGUGACAGACUGGUAUGAUCAAGAAGACACGUCGGAAUCCAGCCCGCUGCAACCGUGAUUCAAUUUGAACACGCAGAAUACUGAAGCGUUGUAAGAUGGCCUCUUUUCAUACACGUUUUCCUUCCUCUUUGUGUGUUAACGAUCUUCU